GUACAGCAGUACUACUUCUACUUGGUUAUUGUUGUUAUUGUUUCUUUUCAUAGUCAGUCUGUACUUGAACGUCGACUUGGUCAACACGCGCGGAUUUUCACUUCGUCGAUGGUACUUAGAUAGAAGCGGUCAUGUGUUAAUACCCCAGUACCAGUACUCAUCCAUUUGAUGGUACUUACGGCUAUUCACAUAUGAGAUAUGACCCACAGUGGUCGAUCAAAGUUUGUAUAGAGUACAUGCUCCGUAAUAGUGUAGGUGUUCUGUUCUGUGUUCCGUUUGUUCAUCAUCCGAAGCGGUUUUGGUGGUGAUUUUUGUGUGGUAGUGUCCUUAGGAAACAACCCAAACAUUGAAAAUACUGACAAUUGUAUCAAGAUUGGUAAGAAUGGUUUGGUAAAUCAUAAGUUUGCUAAAAAGUUACCGGUACAAGAAGUAAUUGUAAUUGAACAGAUGAUAUAUGAGAUGUAGUGUAAAAAAGUCACAAACUAUUGUGAAAGUGAAAUAAUACGUAUACAAACAGUGAAACAGUGUAGUAGUACUUGUAGUACUUUAAAAUCUCGUGUUUCGUAAACGAUGCAUUACGAAUUGAGCCACCAUCAGGAUCAUUACCAAAUGUCAACGUUACAAGACUUCUCCCGUUUGCGCCUUUCUUCUCCUGAAGAACCUCCCGAUGUUCCUGUUAUCUAUGUGGCCAUGGCAACUUGGAUACCUAAGUGCAACAUGAGCCCUGAAAACUUUGAAGAGGAACCCAGUUUGAUGCGUCAGAUACGAAACGAAGACACAACACAGGAACCGUUCGCAUUAAAAUCAUCUGAAAGUGACGAAAGUCAAAUCACUUCCUGCGCUAUUGAUACAAAGAGUAACAAAAAUGAUACUUUAUCUUCGGAAUUGAGCCAGACAGAGGAGUCUUUGGUAUUGAGACUGUCUGAAAAUGACGAAAGUCAAACGUCAAUUCAAGAUCCGAAAGGUCUUGAUGUCACAGAACCAAAUGAUAACAUCAGACAUUCUGAUUCUGGUGCUUUGGACGCUCAAGAAGAACCCAAAGCGGAUCAGACAGAACAAGAAAAUAAUUCUGGUAUCAAUAAAGGAGAAUCAGGAAGCGAUUUGGAACCCAUAGAAAUAGACAGUGAGAACGAUUGCUCUUUUUCCAAAAGUUUCCUUUCUGCUGCUGAUCUAGCGGAAAUGAAGUCAAAGAUUAAAGAGAACGUUCUAAAAACCAAUACGGGAAAACCAAUGAGCCCAAAAAAUCUUCAGAAAAAAAUCGAGUCUGAAUUAAGGAAAGAACAGAAACGAAUAGAGCGUGAGGAGAAAGAGAAAAAGAGACAGGAAUUAAAAGAGGAAAAAUUAAAGCAAAAACAGGAAAAGGAAGAACAACGUAAAAAGGAGCUAGAAGCUAAGCAGAAGGAGAAGGAAAAGAAACGGAAAGAAAAAGAGGAAUUAGAAGAGCAAAAGCGUAAGGAACGUGAACAAGAAAAAUUGAAGAGACAGCAGGAAAUUGAAGAGAAAAAUAAAGAAAAGCAAAAACUUGAAGAACGCAAACAGAAAACUGCAGCUGUUUUUGCAAGUUUCUUUACGAAAAAGCCAGAGUCCUUAGACGAUUGUACUAAAAAACCAAAAGAACCUUCCGAACCUUCUCUUUUUAAACCAUUUGAAAUUAAAUUGGAUAUGAGAUUGGCUCCACGUAUUAGAACGGAAAUAGACGACAGUAAAAAGACAGAGUUAAUGAACCAUUUAGAAAAGCAAAAUGGUACUAAUUUGUAUUUACAAGAACUUAAAAACGGAAAAGCCGUUGGCAGUUCGCCUAAAACUUGGUUUUCCGAAGAUAACGACAUAAACAACGACGAUGUUGUCAUAAUUGACGAAACGCCACUAGGGCAAAGCAUUUUCCAAGAAGAUAAUGCAAAGGCUUCGAAAAUGAAAGCCAAAUUUUUAAUGUUCCACGACAACAGAAGGCCAGCAUAUUUCGGAACUUGGCGAAAAAAGAGCAAGUAUAUCAAGCCGAGAAAGCCCUUGUUGCAAGACAAAGAAAAUUUCGACUACGAAGUAGAUUCAGACGACGAUUGGGAAGACGAAGAAGAUGCUGGGGAAGUAGAAUCGCUGAAAGGUUCCGACGAAGAAGAAAAGGAAGCUUCAGAUAACGAGUACGAAGUUGAUAAUGAAUUUUUCGUCCCUCACGGUCAUCUUAGUGACGAUGAAAUGAACGACGAGGAAGAGAAACCUCUAUCACCGGAAACGCACAAAGCUCACUUGAAACUACUCAAGAACGAAUUUGACGAGGAGAGAAAAAGUAAAACGAUGCGCAUCAAGCCUCGUAUUUUAGGUUGUGUGUGGCAAAACAAGGUCAAGGACAAUGUCGACGAAGCACUACAAAAGUUCCUGGAACCGUUCUCUGUUAUAUGUGUGGGCCCCAUCAAAAUCAUAAAGCGAAGUGCCAUCAAUAAUCAAUCUCCGUAUAAAAAGAUUUCGACUCCCAAAAAGUUGGAGAAAGAGUACAUUCCUGCCUUUUUGGCAUUAGUACACGGGAACGUUAGAAACCGGAAAUUUUUGGUGAACGAAUUCAUGGCGUAUUUGAGACAGAAGGAGAUCGAUUUUGCAAUAUCUAAAGCUUCCCUCAGUAAAGAAUUACAGAGUUUAGCAAAAUGGACGAAAUGUCCGGAAGAAGGACCAAUGCUUAAUAAGUUGUGCUGGUUUGUUCCUGAAAAUGUUCGAAGGGAGUACCAGCUGGACCUUACUCUACCCAAUAAUUGGAACUAUAUACGUAAAGAUUCAAUUGAUUAGGAGAUAGGUGUUUAGUGUUUAAGUGCAUUUGAUAAUUUUUUAAGAUAGCUUUUAGUUUAAACUUGUAACAGUGGUAGAGCCUAAUUAAAAAAACGAAAUGUAAGCCAAUAUUUGUAGUUUAAAAAUAAAAUUUGUUUUUACAUUACAACUGAGGUCUUAUUUAUUUACUCAUUAACAAUCAGAAAAAAUUUUUUUUUAAUCGUAAGUUGUUCGUCCAAUGUAGCAUUGACAUCCAAAGGGUCAGUCGAUCGGACGGUAUGUAAAUAAUUACCAGCAAACAUUUAGUGGUGGUAGUCGCUGCAGUAAAUGUCAUUAGAAUUCUAAGUCGUGGCCAUUAAUAAUUGAUGCUCGAGGUCUCAGGAGUAGGAUUACAAAAAGCAGUUCCAAUUAACGUUUCCGUUUCCUUUGUAUACCAUCAGUAGAUUUAAUGUGAUUGUAAAUUGCAAUUACAUACGUGAAAAAUGAAUCGUUCGCGUUCUUAAGAAGGGUUGUUAACACCAAAUCUGUCAUCACUUCUUCGUAUCCUUAACUAAUCUUUGCAGAAACCUGGAACAUCCCACAUUUCUAUCAAUCUACAUAUUCCUCUGUCUCUAUUUACUAUUGUUCCUGCUUCUAGUAUGUCUCCAUCUGGUUUUUUAUAUCUCUCUUUUUCUUUAUCGACUUAACUAGCCCUCUCUGGUUCUCCUAUUUCUCAAACCCACUUAACUUCAUUUCCUUUCCCCUCUACUUAAGUACGGUUAAAAUAUUGCCUUUACCCUUACCAUCCUCUCGUAUAUAUUGCUGCGCACAUUAUCCUUUAAGUACUGAGCGGCAUGUCCUAGAGGUUUAGACCGUUGCUUAGCAUUCGGGAGGACGCGGGUUCGAUUCCGGGUCGGUCUGCCUUGGUUCAAGUUUUUCUAUGGUUCCACAUUCCACAGUCUUUCGGUCUCUUCUGUCUUCAUUUCGUCAAUCUCAUAUUUCUCGCCCGAACCCGCACCCACCCAUUCCCACGAUUCCUGAAAGGAGGCUGAAGAGGGCCUUCCGCCCUAAGUCCCGGCGUAUUUGUGGCUGGUGGGAAUUAAAUGAAGUGUAGUAGUUAAAGCCAUGCUACAGAUAAAUACACCUUAUUUGGAAGAAACUCAAGCAAAUGUUUUGUGAAGCUAAUCAUAUUCAAAAUUGCUCCCUGGAGAAUGUAACCAAUGAAUAAAUGCUACUUAACGACGUAUAAUAUUUCCAAUGAUGCAUUGUUAUUCUAAGUCUAGAAAUAAUUAGCCAAAUUUAGCUUCAACCUUGGUUUUUUAUCACGGCAACAGAUCUUCAAGAACCGAACACAGUCGGAUACUUUUUAUCGCCUGUGAUAUUUAUGAUAUCUCCAUUGAUCUGCAGUUUAAUUAUACCAAAUUAGGCAUUUACAAAAAAACAAACAUUCAGUGUGUUGCGCGAACUUUUUGCGACAUGGUAGCGUUACAUAAUAAUCUACCAGAGGCAUAUUAUGCCAUGUUGUGAUGGUAUCGUAAAUUUUCAUGUUCCAAGUUCAUCUUACGUAACUAUGUCAGUGCUAUCGAACUCGCUAGCUGGCCGCUCAUUAUUUCGGCCGAAAUAAUUAAUUAAAUGGUCGGUGACUAAUGUCUAGGGUGUGUCCCUGACUAUACACGCAAUAUUAUAAUCGGUCUACUACUGGAAUAGACAUUGAAGGAAGUAGAGGAAGACAGCAUUGUUGAUGUAUUGCUUUUUUGAAUUUGAUUUGUCCCACAAAAUGAUAUUUGCUCAGUUUCAUCUAAAUCAAGUACGUAUUUCGGUAAAUGUCUAGAUGAUUGGAUCGAAAGAGGUCUCCCACCACUGUACUAUAAAA